AUGGAAGGACAGACAGCUCAGCCAGCUGCCGUCGGUGCUGACGCGCAGCAAGGCCAGGCCCAGCAACAACCAGACCCGCCUGCCACCACAGACGCAUAUUUUACUCGCGAUGCCAUCGAUGCCGCUCCCGCCGCCGUUCUAAGGUCUCCCUUUAGAUCCAAUGCCACUCUGGCCUCCGGCCCCAGAGCAUCCACGCCAGAGCUCGCAGAAACCCUCAUAUCCGCUACCGGCUCCAUGCAUCUUGACGCUGCACCUGUCUCUCGGGACUCGGCUGUCCCCGGCUCCCCCCGCGACAUUCCCGGCGGCGUCGGAAGACGGAGAGGCAUCGUCUUUGACGAUUCCUUUUCUGAUCCCUCCGAAUUGGACUCAACCUCGCCCGUCGCCCCAAAGGCCUCGCCCGUCGCCGCCCGCCCUCGCACACGCACCCUCGACGGUGCACUCAUGACCCAGCGAGCCACACUCAACUCUCCCGAUCAAAGACACCGCGUCGGCAGCAUGAGCUCCUCCAUGCCCCCCGUCCAAAUAUCUCCAGACGACCAUAAGCAGUCCUCGCUUAAUGAAUCCCUCUCAUACACCACAUCCUACACCACAUCAUACACCACACCCGCUCUCCCCCAACGGCAUGUAGAUGCCCCGUCAACACCGUCCUCCAACAGAGACAAAAGGACCGGCAAGCGUCUGCUAAAACACCGACAGACCUCUCGUCCCAGUUCCCCUGUCAUAUCAUCGGCCCCAUCCAUCGACUCCAUGUGUGUUCCCGUUGCAGCAGAGGACCCCAACAACCUCGUCUCUCUCAUGAAGACGCUCUGUGGUCGCAUGCGCGGACAAGUGGAAUACCAAUCUGAACCCGGCGGCACGUGGUAUUCUGGCAUCGCCUACAUUGAUGACGAGGUUGGAAGCCUCAUGUUCGACACUAACCAGAGCGGCUCCUUUCAUAUCCCCCUUGUCGACGAUUUGAGAGGCUGCACCGUUGUACCUGCCGAAUAUACACAAGGCGACAGACAGUGCAUCGAACUAACCUCUUCCACCCCAACGCAUCUACUAUUGCUCCCAGUGGUUCACGAGGACCUUGAGCUCUGGCUGGCCGCUUUGCUCAGCUGGCAGCAACUCCAACCCACCCCAAUCAAGUUUGCCAACGGCAAGCCCGCCAGUCCCACAGCACCCUUCCGACCAGACUUGCGUCCAUUCGGCAAGGCACCUGACGAGAGCAAGCCCAGGAAUAUUAUCAAGAUUGACAAGUUGAUGCUCUGGGAUAAAGGAGCAGCCCUCAGCCCGAGAGCUGCCUUUCAACGCUCCUCAACACGAGAUAUCUGGUCCCCUUCAGCAGCUUGGCGCCGAGUUUCAUGCAUCUUGCAUGACACUGGUGAGCUGACGCUUAUGCUCGAAACCGAUUCCAUCGUCUUGUGCCACAUUGAUUUGACACAUUUCUCGAGGCACGCCAUCCAGCAGCUCGACCGAACUGUCCUCGACGAGGAGUGGUGCAUAGCCAUCUUCCCCACUUACACCCCCAAGGCCUCCCGUGUAUCCGUCUUCCGCCCUGUGUAUCUGGCCCUGGAUAGCCGCAUACAUUUUGAGGUUUGGUUUGUAUUGCUACGCGCAUAUGCCAUCCCGGACCUGUUCCACCUUGGAGAAACGGAAGACGACGUCCUCAUUAACAUUCCCGACACGGAAACGGCGACAGAGGGCGAGGUCUUCCGCAUGGAGAAGAUUGUCACUGUCCGAAUAACCGAGGCCAAAAUAAAAGCCCGACCAGCAGGACUCGAAUAUAUUUUGCCUGAAAAGUCGCACAAGGUCGAACACGACCCGUUGAUAGGCAAUUACCUGGCAGAGGUAAUCCUGGACGGUGAAGUUCGAGCUCGGACAACCACGAAAUGCAAGACCAAGAAUCCUUUUUGGCGCGAGGAUUGUGAAUUUAAGGACCUGGCACCUUCAAUUCAGGAGCUCUCCGUUGUUCUAAAGCGUAUCGACGGCAUGGAUGGAAGCCGAGGUGCCUUUCCUCAGGAGCUGGUAUGCGGUACCGUCCGCAUCGCUCUUGAUCAGCUAGAGCGCGGCCAGUCUCAUGAAGACUGGCUACAGAUCAGAGACGAGAAGCAACAAGUCAUUGGUUCCAUGCUCAUAAGGCUUUCUCAUGACGAGCACGUUGCCUUGUUGGCCAAGGAGUAUGAAGCAUUGUCUGAGACCCUUCACCGGUUUCCAACCGGGUUGACUGCUCUCAUUUCUGCUGCGCUGCCUGGACAGCUCAAACAACUGUCUGAACUAUAUCUCAAUAUUUUCCAAGCGUCAGGGGCCGCAUCCGAAUGGCUGUUGGCGCUUGUGGAGGAUGAAAUUGAUGGCCCCGGAACUCAAACAUCCUUGAAAAAGUAUAGAUUCAGCAGCAGGCUCAAGUCGAACGAUUCGGUCGAAUCUCCCAGUGACCGCGAAUUGAUUGUUCGUGAUAUGAGCAAGUCGCUCGCCGGAGAGGCGAACCUCUUGUUCCGUGGAAACACACUUCUCACACAGUCUCUCGAGUUUCACAUGCGACGCUUGGGCAAAGAGUACCUCGAAGAGGCAUUACGUGACAAGGUCUUUGAGAUUAACGAGGCGAAUCCCGACUGUGAAGUCGAUCCGAGUAAGCUAUAUGGGGCCGACCUCGACCAACGCUGGUCUCUGCUCAUUCGCAUCACCUCCGAAAUUUGGCAGUGCAUUGCUCAAACCGCGAAGCGCAUACCACCUGAACUGCGACAUAUUCUCAAGUACAUUCGCGGAGUUGCUGAAGACCGGUUCGGGGAGUUUAAACGCUCUGCCACUUACACUGCGGUGUCCGGUUUCUUGUUCUUGCGCUUCAUCUGUCCUGCUAUUCUCGCGCCAAAACUCUGCGGCCUACUCCGCGACUUUCCUCGCACCAAAGCACAGCGCACCUUCACGCUGGUGGCGAAGACAUUGCAGAAACUGUCAAACUUGGGAACCUUUGGGAAGCGCGAGGAGUACAUGGAGCCGAUGAACCGAUUCCUUACAUCGCAUCGAGCGGUGUUCCGCGAGUACAUUGACCAAGUUUGCAGCAUUCCAUCAGAUCGCAGCGUCGUGGCGCCUCCUGCUAGCUAUAGCACACCCAAUACCAUCUCCGGGCGGCUUAGCCCUACGUCAAGAGAGGGCCUUGGCAGUCUCCCUUAUCUGAUCGACGCGCCGAAGAGUUUUGCUGGCCUCGUCAAGGUGUGGACAAGCGCGCGCCCGCACGAUCUCAGGACAGAUCACGCCGAUGGCGAGCUUCUCAUAUUUGACGAUCUGUGCCUAACCCUCCAGAAGCGGGUCGAUGCGUGCAUGGCCAAGGUCGGCCGCCUGCGCGCUGCCGAGGCUGCGGGCCGUGGAAACCCCUCGCGUCUUGCUGAGACGCUAGAGCAGGCCGCCUUGGCGGAGCCGCUGCGCUCGCCGUACAGCGCCGCGUACACAGCCAUGUGCCACGAUGUCGACCAUAUGCUUAGCGGAUCCGGUAGUGACGGACCCGACGAAGGCAGCAGCCGCCGCCGCAGCAAAGACAUGCGCCGCGGGCGGGAUGGACACGACGGGCGCAAGGUCGUCGGCCUCUCCUCGCGUGGAACACCCAAGAGCCGCAACGGCAAAGUCGGCCGCACGCUAUUGAGCGGCAUCAUGAAGAUUGGCGGCCGCGCGGAGAGCCCCGACUUCAAGAGCCGACAAUGA